GAGCCUCUGGGCUCUACGCUGAGGAGUCCCGGGAGUGCGCUGGGGCCGCCCGGGUUACGGGAAAGGGCUGCCGGGGGCAGGCCGGCCACACUCGGAGUGUCGGGGCCGCGGACGUGAGGGAUGAGGAGGGACCAUGGCCAGCGACGGGGCCAGGAAGCAGUUCUGGAAGCGCAGCAACAGCAAGGUCCCGGGCAGCAUCCAGCAUGUGUAUGGAGCCCAGCACCCACCUUUUGAUCCACUGUUACAUGGCACUUUGCUCAAGUCCACACCCAAGGUGCCAACCACCCCAGUGAAGGCCAAGAGGGUCAGCACCUUCCAGGAGUUCGAGAGCAACACUAGUGAUGCCUGGGAUGCUGGGGAAGAUGAUGACGAGCUCCUGGCCAUGGCGGCCGAGAGCCUGAACACUGAGGUGGUCAUGGAGACAGCCCACCGCGUCCUGCGCAACCACAGCCAGCGGCAGGCCCGGCCUGUGCUGCAGGAGGAGCCAGUGCCCACGCAGGAACCAGCACCUGCAACAGAGCCGCUCACAGCUCCAAGCGGGGACCUCCGGCUGGUGAAGUCUGUCAGCGAGAGCCACACAUCCUGUCCCGAAGAAACUGCCAGCAACGUGAUCCCUCUACAGAGGUCUCAGUCUCUUCCCCACUCGGCCACCACUGCACUAGGUGGGACGUCUGACAUGAGCACCCUUGGAGGCUCUGCWCUGAGCGAGAGAGAGGCUUAUCGUCUGGACAAGUUCAAGCAGUUGCUCGCGGGCCCCCACACAGACCUUGAGGAAUUACGGAAGCUGAGCUGGUCCGGAAUCCCUAAGCCAGUUCGUCCAAUUACGUGGAAGCUUCUCUCAGGUUACCUUCCUGCCAAUGUGGACCGAAGACCUGCCACUCUCCAGAGAAAACAGAAAGAAUAUUUUGCUUUCAUUGAGCACUAUUAUGACUCCAGGAAUGAUGAAGCUCACCAGGACACGUACAGACAGAUCCACAUAGACAUCCCUCGGAUGAGCCCAGAAGCACUGAUCCUGCAGCCCAAGGUGACGGAGAUUUUUGAAAGGAUCUUGUUUAUAUGGGCAAUCCGUCACCCUGCCAGUGGAUAUGUCCAGGGGAUAAACGACCUUGUCACUCCUUUCUUUGUGGUCUUCAUUUGCGAAUACAUAGAAGAGGAGGACGUGGAUGCGGUGGACGUCUCCAGCGUGCCUGAGGAAGUGCUGCGCAACAUUGAGGCCGACACCUACUGGUGCAUGAGCAAGCUGCUGGACGGCAUCCAGGACAACUACACCUUUGCCCAACCUGGGAUUCAAAUGAAAGUGAAGAUGUUGGAAGAACUCGUGAGCCGGAUUGAUGAGCAAGUGCACCGGCACCUGGACCAGCACGAGGUGCGGUACCUGCAGUUCGCCUUCCGCUGGAUGAACAACCUGCUGAUGCGGGAGGUGCCCCUCCGCUGCACUGUGCGCUUGUGGGACACGUACCAGUCUGAACCCGAGGGCUUUUCUCAUUUCCACUUGUACGUUUGCGCUGCUUUUCUCGUGAGAUGGAGGAAGGAAAUACUAGAAGAAAGAGAUUUUCAAGAGCUGCUUCUCUUCCUCCAGAACCUGCCCACCGCCUGCUGGGGUGACGAGGACAUGAGCCUACUGCUGGCUGAGGCCUACCGCCUCAAGUUCGUCUUUGCAGAUGCUCCCAAUCACUACAAGAAGUGAGCCUCGCGCCAGUGACAGUGGCCUCACUGUGCGGGCAGCGUCCUCUCCUUGCCCGGCCAGCUGAAGGCCCCUUUGAGCAGGCGCUGGCCAAGCACUGCCUUGGGGAGCAGCCCCUCCUACAGGCGACUUGCCAGGGUGGGCCCAGGCGUCUAGGGCUGAGGGGUGGGGCAGCCCCAGUUUUAUGAGAUACCAAAGAGAGCUAAGGGAGGGUCCCCGCUUUAGGGGCCAAAGAUGGGUCAGGAGUCCCCCUCACCCUGUCCCUGGAGUGUCCUUGCCAAACGUCCACCCUGGAACCCCAACCUGGCAGCCAAGAGGCACCCUCUUAGGCCUGCUGUCCAGGAGCCAGGCGGAGGAAGGGGCAGCCAUCUCAGACCUGCUUCAUGAUGCAAAAGUUCUAUUCUGUUGAGUGAAAGAGAAUAAAAUAUGGACAAGAUGCUGAGCAGGACCUUGCGUCAGCUGGAUCUCUGCGAGCACAGAGCCUCUGACAGCCAGCCGUGUCUGGGCUGCAGCCCUUCACCCUGGGGUGUUUCCUUUCUUGGUUUGAGCUUGGCUGGAAGCUGAUGUCAGGCAUUGGAACCCCGGGGGGGCCGUGGGGCAGAGCGAGGCCUCUCUCAAUUGCCUUACUUUUCGUGUUUAAUCUUCAAAAGAGACGCCCCCCCCCCACCGUCCCCGAUCCUGUGAUGUCCCUGUCCAGUAGCCCCUGGGGGUGGGGUCUCUUCUCAGAGCAGGACAAACUGGCCUGUAACCCAGGCCUUGCGUGGGGCCCUCUUCCAAGCUGCCUGGGCUUAGUGGGCGGAGCUUCUCAGGGUCUCCUGGGCUCCCAGCAGCUCUGCUGUGCUUCCCUGGUCUGCGGUGAGUGGGCUUGACUGCUCGCUGUGCUGACCGCUCCUGGGCUCUGCUGGGGCUGUCUGCUGCACCACGCUCUCAGGACUUGCCUCCACACAUCCUCCAGGUGACAAGGACACCCCCUGGGGCACUGAGCCACGGGGAGGGGGCAGCCUCAGCCUCCCUCACCCUGAGCCAGGACAGGGCCCUACCCUCAGCAACCCGUGAUUGCCUACUUCUCAGACCUGUCCCUCCUUUAGGGGCAGCAGUGCCCCUGCCUAUGUGCCUGGCCACUGCCUAGAGGCUGUGGGAAUCCAGACGUGUGACGUGCGUAUCUUCCUGCUUCUGUUAAAAUCAUCUUGGAAAUUAGCACACAGUACUGAGCUGAGGGGCCAGUUAGUCCUGGACCUGAUGGAGGCCAUUUCCACAGGAUCAGGGUCCUCCCAGGCCAGCUUCAAGGGGCCUCUUCUACCUGCUCCUCUUGCAGGGGCAGGGGAGGGCUGUCCAGUUACAGGAAGAACCAUCCCUGUGGCUGUGGGGAGCCCAUCUUACUCAGCCAGAACCCACCCUGCACUUUCCCCUUCUGUAGCACAGAGCUCUGCACAACCAGAGAGCUGGGCACACAAAAAACCUGCCUUUCGUGGCAGGUUAUUUUUCAAAGGGGAAGGGUGCUUGAAGUCAAAUUCUGUCCUGUCUGUAUUUCAUGUAUGAAACGCUGGGUGUGAGGGGCCUGGUGAUAGUCCUGAUGCUGAGCAGGUGUGCUGAACUGUUCCGGGGUGUCUGGAAUGUGCUGUGCUUGAAACAAGGAAUAAAGAUGCCAAGUGCAGCCUAUGGCACAGCCUGGGAUUUGAGGACUCGCUUUUCCAGUAGGGGCCCUGACCUAGCACUAUGCUUUGAUGCCAGGACCCAUGUUGGGCCCAUGAGCUCUGUGAACUCGGUGACACCCAUGAGACCUUGGGGGAGGAAUGUACACUUGAAAGGUGGUGUAGCAGGACUCUCUGCACUGCUGGGGGACAGGAGCUAGUACAGUGUCAGGGUCCAGGCCAGCCCCUUGGGCUUUGUGAAAGGUCUGCUAGUGGGCACUACAGGAUCUGGCCAUCCCUCCCAACCUGGGAACUCCCUGGGCAUACACACACACCCUGCCCCUCCCUGCAUCACUGAAACAGCCCUGAUGAGCCCCGGUUUCUUAGGAGUCCUUGAGGCCCCCACGCCUCUCUGGGUACCCAUGUCUGCACCCCCCACAUUUGGGAUCCUCCCACAGAAGCACUUGGCUUUCUGCCAUCUCUUGCUGCUUGCUGCCUGGGCAUGGGCUGUGGUCCUGCCCUCRUGGGUGGGCUGGUGAUUCUUAUUCCUUCACCCUGUGACCAAGUGGGCCAAGCUGAGGGUGGGCCACAGGCCUAGACCUGGUGGGGCCCAUGUGGUCUACAGAACAGAGACUGACCCACAGAUGAGACCUGGCCUGCUGGCUCUGCUGUUGUUUGUGAAGGGCCAGAGGUAACCCUGGGGCAGCCAGACCCUGGCCAGGGCAGCCUUGUUGGGAGGGGAGAGUCCUAAGUUGUCUGAGUGAUGUGGGUUACAGAAGGACGACUGGGGAGAGGGCAAGUUGAUUGGGCUGAGCAAGUUGAUUGGGCUGAGCAGACCGACUCCCUUUAGGACAUGGGGACGAGCUGCAGAAAGGCCAUCUCAGGCUGCUCAGAGUCAAGCCUCCAGGUGCCGCCCACCCUGGGCUGCAGCUGGGUGCCAGUCCCUCGCCCCAGCAGGUCAGCUCUCAGCCUGGGGUUCAGGGGAGCUUCCUCAAGGCAGACAACUGAGGUGUACCCUUCCCUCGGGCCUCUGCUGCCCGCACAGGCUGCCCUCUCAUCCCCAGCUCUGGACUCCCUCCAGGGAAGCACUGAGCCCCAGAGGGCCAUUUGCUCAGAUCUGCCCUAUUCAGCCUGGAGGCCUCUUCAGACCCAUCCUGCAGCCCCUGGUUGGGAGGUCCUCCUCCAGAGAUGGCAGAGUGAGUACACGAAGCCACCUCCGUGACUGAACCUUCAGGCCACCGCAAUUAAGGCUGAUUAGAAAGUCUCCCAUCCAAGAAGAGUCCAGAACCAGGUGGCUUCACCAAAAAGAACUGACACUAACACCAAUCCUCAAACUCUUCCAAAAAGUCAAAGAAGAGGGAAGGCUUCCAAGCUUUUUUUUUUAACCAGGCCAACAUUAAAUUACCCUGAUACCAAAACUGGAUAAGGACAUUACAAGAGAAUAAAUCAAAAGCCAGUAUCCUUGAUGAGCAAAAAUGCAAAAAUCCUCAUCAAAA